AUGGAGGCUAUGAUGCAGAGCUCCAGCUUCGUUAGGUUGCCGCAACUUCCUGAAAGCGUGGGCGGAGAAACUCAGUCGACCGCGACUGCAAAGACGACGACGACAACGACGACGACUCGCACGAUCAUGGGCCAUCCUCGGCACGUCUUGGAAGAGAUGUCGAGUCCGGGCUCGGAGACGGUCGCCGUCCAACCUAGGACGCCGGCAAAGAUUCUGAAUACACAUCCUCCACCACCACCUUCCAUGCGUACCCCUCCACCGUGGUCUGGACAGACUGCGACCAUCGACUCGGCCUUCUCUCUCGACGACCGGAGUGUGGGCAACGAUGACACGAACGAGUACACUUUCUCAACCCCGACGCAAAUCUGGGAGCAUCAUGGUCCUGGAUCAUGGUUAUCCCUGUGUUCGGAGCCCGGCGUCUCCUGGGCCGCGGAAAAGAUUGGCGGCGAAAACUUCGCCAAAAGCGCCCAGAAACUCACGGCGGCGUGGAACCGACGAUGGCAAUUCGAUACCAAAACCCCGACGAACAGCAACCGCGUCGACGGCAGUGAGCCUGAACCCGCGACGGCGUGGAAAUACUGCACAGCGUAUUUCGACCACUGCUUCGAGUCUGUUUUCGGCGUUGUCUACCGCCCGGAUUUCGAGGCUCGUCUGCACGCCCACUUUCGGCAAGGCGGUGCGCCCUCAUCCUCAUCCUUACCGGGUGGCCGAGGCGGAAGCGGCGAGGAUGUGGCCUGGUACGCCCUGCGGAACACGGUCUACGCAGCCGGUUGUCGGCAGCUGCUUUUGAAGGACGGUUCCACGCCGUACGCGGAUGCGCAGGCCGAGGGGUUUCGAUAUUUCCAAAACGCGCUCGCCGUGCACACGGAUCUGAUCUACAGACCGUCGGGGAUCGAAGCCAUCCGCGCCGUGACGGCCAUGGCCUUCUACGUCGAGGCGGCCGCCAACGAGUGCUUCGAAUACAUGAUGUGCGCCAAUGCCGUCCGGCUGGCCCAGGCCAAAGGCCUGCACCGACAACCGUCCAAGUCGCUGAACCUGUCGGAGAACGAGGCCAUGCACCGCAGUUGGUUGUUCUGGGCGAUCUUUAGUCUCGAGAAGCUGAUAUCCUUCCGCUCAGGGCGGCCCUCGGCAAUCGACGACGACAACAUCAGCUGCGAGAUCCCCCGGCAGGCACCCCCAGGAAGCACGAUUGAUGUGAAGUUCUUCACGGAUGCCGUCAAGGCCGCUCGGCUGGCCUCGGACAUGGGCAGUCGACUGUGCUCCGUCCAAGCCCUGAGACAGAACCCCGCCGAAAUCAUCGAAGCAGCGAAUGAUAUCCGUCGUAAGGCCGAGGAGUGGCGAGAAGGCGUUGGUGCCGACUUCCAAACUCCCGGGAAACCAAUCCAGCUAGCCUUGCUGAGACCGAAUAUGCGUCCUCUCCACAUCAUCUACCUCCAGGUCAUGUACUACUUGGGCAUUCAAUCGAACUACGCCAUCUUCGCAUUCCCUUGGGUCGGUUCGAUCCUGGGCCUUGAUAAGCACCCGCAUUUCCAGGAGCAAGCGGCCAUCAGAGCCACCCAGGUCGCCGAGGCCGCGCGCAUGCUCAUCCUCAUCGCGAAGUCCAUGCACAUUGACGCCACCAUACCACAAUGGGCGUCGUUUUACUUCCCCCUGGCCGGUCUGACCAACUUAUUUGUGUACAUUUUGAACGGCCCCGAUCAACCCUCCGCUCUCGCGGACGUAGCAUUGCUGGACGUUGCGGCUGGGCACUACAGUCACAUGGAAUAUCUAACCGCAUCGCAGCGAGGAUCUCUGUUCGCAAGGGAGGUCGCCUGUCUGGCUCGUGCAACGGUGGAACGGGCAGCAAAUCGCAAGCAGCCCAUAGACACUCACAUCGUACCUCUCCCUCCGUUGACGGCGGCGGAGCUCAGGGAUGAUGGGUCUGCUCAGUCCCUCUUUCAGCCACCGGAAUCAUUUGAUGCUGACCAGUUUGACAUGGAGGGGUGGAAUAUAUACUCCAUGGUGCUCAACGACGGGAUGCUGGCUGGCAAUAACGUUCUGGGUUUUGCUCCGGACGAAUAG